AUGGAGUUCUGGGGGAAGCCACUUAAAGUAAUUCCUGAAGAAGACACCCUUGUUCACAUAUCUCAGGCAUCUCUUGGGGAAUGUAAAAACAAGAAGGGAGAAACUGUUCCUUUGUAUGUGAAGGUUGGAAACCAGAAACUUGUUUUGGGAACUCUUUUAUCUGAGAGUAUCCCUCAGCUUAACUGUGAUUUGGUGUUCGACAAGGAGUUUGAGCUUUCCCACAACUGGGGGAAAGGAAGUGACUACUUUGUUGGAUUCAAAUCUCCCAACAUCGAAUAUCCUUGA